AUGGCUUCUAGUACUACCGGAAAUACGUCUGCUCUUCGCUUCACGGAUUUGGGUGUGCUACCAAAACGAAUGCUGGCUCCGAUCGAAGGCUAUGAGAAUAAACCGCUUGUAUCACUCGAAGAUGCAGUGAAACCGCUCGUGGACAUCGUACCAAAAAUCGAACGUAACGUAUUCAUUGUGAAACAGAACUGUCAGGAACCAGAAGAUAGCUUAACAAGUGAUGAAUCUGCUUCAAUUAUGCUGUAUACUUAUGAGUCUAUGCCACGCGAACACUCUCUCUAUGCUAUUCUCAACGCUGCAUUACGUUCUGAACAAAGACAAAAACUAGUUCCUUGGUUUCUCUACUUACGACUCGUAUUGACAGCAUUGGCUCGUCUUCCAUCUAAACAUCGUUUAGUUUUUCGAGGCGUCAGAGAAGACUUACGGGCACAAUAUGUGAAAAGUAAAACUUUCAUUUGGUGGGGAUUUUCCUCGUGUACUUCAUCAAUCGAAGUACUAGAAUCUGGCGACUUUUUUGGAAAAACUGGCACUAGAACUCUAUUUCAAAUAGAGUGCCACACUGGUAAAGAUAUUAAAAACCAUUCAUUCAUCCACAACGAAGACGAAAUUCUUUUAUUACCAGCCAGACAGUUUUCAGUUAAAGGAUGUCUCGAUUCUGGCAACGGCCUUCAUAUGAUACACUUGGAAGAAACAGAACCAGCCUAUCCUCUUCUUGAACCUAUUCCUAAACCUACUUCUGUACCUGGUUCUAUACCUGCUUCUGUACCAGUUUCCAUACCGGUUUUCAUACUAAAAUCAUCGGUUCAGCCCAAGCCAGAAUUGCAAAGUGGUUCUGAAUUAACAGUUGAAACGACAUCUACAGGUCAGUGCUGA